AUGAACAAGCUUCUGCUUUCCUUCUUCGCCCUGGUGGUGAUGAUGCUGGCGCUGGCCCAGGCCGGUACCGACAUCCGCCGCAGCUACGACUACGUCAUUGCAGGCGGUGGCGGCGCCGGAGCCGUGCUCGCAGGCAAGCUGGCCCGGUCGGGUGCCCGAGUGCUUCUUCUCGAGGCCGGCGACAACACCCAGUACGACCCCAACAUCUACAAUCCGCUGGGCACCUUCGGCGGGUUCAACUCCCGCAGCAACAACAUCGGCCUCUCGAGCGACACCACCUACGUGUGGCCCAACCGCGUGGCUGGCGACCCCGGCCGCUACGGCCUGGCCGACGCGCCUAACAGCGGCAAGGGCCUGGGCGGCGGCACCAGCGUCAAUACAAUGAUCCUGGCCCAUGGCGGCCGGUGGAUGUACGACCUGCCGGCCAACGGGUGGCCCUCGUCGUGGAGCUACAACCAGAUGAAGCCCUACUACGCCGAGGUCAAGGCCGCGCUGCAGCCCCACCGCGAAACCCGCAAACCCCCGACGUCGCAGAAUUUCCUCAAGGCCGUGCGCAGGGUGGCCGACGUGCAGUACGCAGCGGGCGGACUGGACUACCUGGUCAACGCUGCCAACUACGCGGCCGGCCCCAACGUGGAGGACCCGAGCGAGUCGGCGCCUCAGCUUGACUACAACGACCUCGACGGCGUUAACAGCGUCGGCGCCUUCUCCCAGUACCAGUUCUUCGUCAACAAGCUGGCCAAUGGCACCUUUGUCCGCAAGUAUGCGGCCAACACAUUCCUCGGGCCUGACUGCCUGGACCGCGAGGGCCACGGCGUCAGCCCGGCCUGCCCCCACCUAAGUGUGCUCACCGGGGCCUACGUCUCGCGCGUCAUCUUCGACACCGACCGCCGCUGGUGGUCGCAGCCCGUCGCUACCGGCAUCGAGUUCUACCAGGACGGCGAGUCGAAGGUGGUGCUGGCCCGCAAGGGCGUGAUACUGGCCGCGGGCGCGUUCCAGACGCCGGCGGUCCUGCAGCGCUCGGGCUACGGUGACGCGGACUACCUGGCCUCGAUCGGCGUGGAGCCCAUCGUGUACAACAACACGCAGGUGGGUCGCAACCUGAAGAACCACUACGCGCCAUUCAUGAUCGCCAACGUCACGGCUGGCGACAGGGCGGAGCUGACGGCCUUCAUGAGCGGCAGCGCGCUGAUGGCGGGCAACAUGGGCUUCAACGGCGGCGCAUUCCUCGGAUUCCACAAGCUCGACCCCAACAGGCCCGCUGGCAGCAACACCACCUCGGUGCGGCGGGCGCAGCUGCUCUACUCGACCAGCGGCAUGUUCUUCCCGCGGUCGGUCGGUGCGGCCUACAACAUCGGCUCCACCAACGAGACCGUGGUGUUGGGCAUCGACGACCUGCGCUUCGACGGCACCGGCUACGUGCAGAUCGGCACCAAGAACGCGUUCGACUUCCCCAAGGUGUUCUACAGCAGCUUCGUCGACUACUCGAACCCGGCGCUCACCGGCCAGGCCUUCUGGGACGCCGCCCGCGUGGGUGCCUCGGCCACCAUCUCGGGCCUGCUCAUCUACCACAUGGGCUACGAGAUCUACGCCCAGAUGAACCAGGUCCUGGCCGACGAGGGCAGCAGCGUGCGCUUCGCCAUGGCCUACCCGACCGCGUCGGACCUGGAGCUGCUCGACCAGGGCCUUGCCACCCACGGCGCCGACUGGUGGAAGCACCUGUUCCCCGACCGCCUGGCCGGCACCGCCAGCAGCGACCCGGCCUUCUCUGCGGCUCUCAAGCGCCUGACCUACCAGCUCCGCAUGGCGGCGCGGAUCGACAGCCACCAGGUGUCGACGUGCAAGAUGGGCCAGGUGGUCGACCAGCGACUCAACGUGAUCGGCGUGAGCAACCUCAAGAUCGCCGACGCGUCGGUGCUCGCCGCGCAAGUGGGCGGCGGCAACGCGUUCACGGCCAACGUGAUCGGCGCCCGUGCGGCGGACUUUGUGCUUGCGGACUUCUGA